AUGUCUCUAGCGAUGCAUUCACACUAUUGCAACAAUGCGGAGCACCGAAUGAUCUUGGAACGCUCUUUUGGGGAAUGGAUCGAAUUCUUCCAUGUCGAUACGCCUCGUCUGUCCAAGAAGCACGAGCUGUUCGUCUUCUUCCGCAUCACUCAUCCUGAGCGGUUCAAGACGCACUUGGCUGCCCUUGUUCCCCUGCUCACGACUGCUCGCGAUGCCGAGAGAUUCAGAAAGGACAUAUACAAGCAGAAGGCUGAGGGUACACUCAAAGGUCUCGUCCAUCUCUCUGCCAUCAAUAUUGCCUUCUCCGCCAAGGGUCUAGCCAAACUUGGAGCCGAGGGAUUCACCGACGAUGUCUUCAACAACGGCAUGUGGGAGGACAUGACCUACCCUCUUGAGGGAGAUGACAAGACAAAGCAUAACGGUCUCGAUGACCAGCAUGACUGGUUCCACCAAUUCACCCCACGAAGCGGAUACCUCGACGGUGUCUUCACUAUCACCGGUGAAAGUGAAAAGACCUUGACUGAUACCCUUGAAAUGGUUAAGCAGACUUUCGGAAUUGGUCUUCCGACCCCCCCAGGCGCGGCUCAGGAACUCGACAAGCCAAGUAUCCAGCUUAUCUUCCAGCAGCAGGGGCAUGUCCUUGAUGAUGACAGAGAACACUUUGGAUGGGUAGAUGGUAUCUCCCAGCCUAUUGUCAUUGGUCUGGACACCGAUGCAAAGGUCGAAGAAGCCAAGAAGGGCCUAAAGCCAAUCCAGGCUGGUACUAUUCUUGUUGGAGGCGAAGGCGAUCAAAGCAACCACCCAGCUUGGGCCAACGAGGGAAGCUUCAUGGUAUUCCGCACAUAUGAACAGAGAGUGCCCGAGUUCGUCGGCUGGUGUGGCCGCAACACCAAGAAAAUAAAGGCUGAGGGCAUGACAGAACGAGCUGCGGGAGAGCUUCGCAAAUUCUCCUCCCGUGUUGUAGGACGAUGGCCCAACGGAGCUCCACUGGAACAUCACCCGGACAAAGACCCCGCACCUAUGUUGAGUCCUGAUCCAAUCAAGAACAAGGAGUUGUUGUUCGCAAAGUGGAAAGACGAGGGUAAAGACCCCAACGCGGAACAUAAGAAGCUGGAAGCGAUGAAUCACACAGAUGCUUUCACUUACAACCCUGAGGACCAAACUAAAUGUCCUUACGCCGCCCACAUCCGGAAGUGUGGGCCUCGAGAUGACUUCCCCAAUUAUGAGAAGCAUCUUAUGUUGCGACGAGGAAUUCCCUACGGACCCGUGGCACUGAACAACGAGAAGGGUGGUGGCGUGUCACAGCAUGAUCGUGGCCUGUUGUUCGUGUCCUACCAGAGCAGCAUUACCAACGGAUUCCGCUUUAUCCAGAAAGAAUGGGCAAACAAAGAGGAUAAACCUGUUGAUUUCACUGAGAAGAUGGGAAAUGCCGCGCCCCAGGGUAUCGACGCUAUCAUCGGUCAAAUGCCUCCCGAUUACCGCUCGGAGACCGACGUUACCCAAUACGAACACCCAGCGCCUGUUGUGAACUUGCCCGAUGUUGAGAAGCCUGUGCCUACCCCGAACAAGCACUACAUUCCCAUCGAACGCUGGGUCAUCCCUCGCGGUGGUGAGUACUUCUUCGCUCCUUCGAUUUCUGGAAUGCAAGACACUCUUUGCAAAUAA